AGCUUCAUUUGAAAUACAGAAAAUGUUAAUAACGUGUGUGAGUGAAAACUUUUACAAGGCACUGUGUACACUCAAUGCAUCUAAAACAAAGUCUUGUGUAUACAGCUCCACAUCGUCCUCCAACAAUGCAAUUUGUCUUAGAGCCAAAACCAGCACAUGUAUGGUCACAGCUUUCUGAGCUUGUUUUAGAAAGAGAGAGAGAGAGAGAGAGAGAGAGAGAGAGAGAGAGAGAGAGAGAAAGAGAGAGAGAGAGAGAGAGAGAGAGAGAGAGAAAGAGAGAAAGAGAGAGAGAGAGAGAAAGAGAGAAAGAGAGAGAGAGAGACAGAGAGACAGAAAGGUGUAGAUAUCCAGUAUCACAGCUUCAGGUGGUGGAAAAGAAAAGCAGCAUUCCUAAGCAAGCUUGAACAUGUGUGAUUCAUGGACACCUUUUAUAGGCAGAAGUCUCAUACUGGCGCCGGAUGUGAAUAUUUUAACUCUUUCCAAGGAAAUUACAUAAUGUCAGCGCUGCAAGUAACAGCUAAUAAUUACUACAGAUAGGAUUAUUGUAGUAUUCAUACUAGCAUUCAUUAAAAAUACAGUUUUUAUUAUUUUUUGAAGUACAUUUUGAACAUAUUCUACUUAACUCCCAGACCAGUGAAAAGCACAGUUUAUUAUGUAUCUAUAAUGGAAACAUCAUGCAUACUGUUUUUAAUAGAACAGAUUCUUGGUUACAAUACAUUUUUCAGGCUGUUGUUUGAACAAUUACCAUGUUACAAAAGAACAGUUGGUUCAGCGUGUGCAGUUGAUGGGGUGGGGCUUAUGGCUAGGAAAAUGUAACAGAGCCUCCGCCAACAGCAAAGAAAGAAGCUGCUGCUUGUGGUCACUUUCACUACUCUGUACUUCAACUCAAAUUCCCAGAGUUAAUCCUCUUUCAGAUUGGAAUGCAAGCAUCAAGAUUUUGCUGCACUUAACAGAAUUACACAAAGGAGCUACGAUGACUAAGAUGUGUCUAAAUCUCACCACUACAGUUGAGUGUAACUGCUCAGUCAGUGACUUCAAACGCACUGUCUACCCAGCUGCCUAUCUAUCUAUCUUCUUAAUUGGACUAAUUGGAAACCUUGUGUCAUUAUGUUUCUUCAUUGGUGUGAGGAGGACAGUGAAGACCUUCACUCCAGUCAACCUCUUCAUGCUGAACCUCCUCAUAUCAGACCUGAUGUUGGUGUGUUCGCUGCCAUUCCGAGCUGUCUACUACCUUUUGGAUUCCAACUGGGUCUUUGGAGACAUCACUUGUCGCAUCAUGGCUUUUGUGUUCUACAUUAACAUGUACGGCAGUGUUUAUUUUUUAAUGGUGCUUAGUGUAGUUCGCUUUGUGGCCAUUAUCAGACCAUACAGUUACAUGCACUUACAGAAUAGCCGAGGAGCUGUGCUGGUAUGUGUCUUGGUUUGGCUGUUGGUGUCUUCAGCCUCCAUCCCUCUUUUAGCUUCAGGAACAUCUCAGGAUUCAUCUGGUAACAUCAAAUGCCUGGAGCUGGACUUGUCUUUGGUGAAUAGCAUUAUCAUUCUAAACAAAGGUGCUUUGUGCUUGGGCUUCAUUCUUCCCUUCAUUGUUAUCUCUUUCUCUUACAUAAUUGUGGCUGGGAAAUUGCUACGGAACGUGCAAGGGAAAAAAGCACCGCACUAUAAAAAAUCUUGCUCUCUGGUAAUCAUUGUUCUUCUCAUUUUUCUAGUAUGCUUCUUGCCUUAUCACGUUGUGCGCACUGUCUUUCUGGAUGCUGAAAAAGAGGUACACGAGAACGGUUAUGGGGAUUCAUGCCAGCGCAUUGCAUUCAUAAGAAAAGCCGCGGUUGUCACGCUCUGCCUGGCAGCGUGCAACAGCUGCUUGGACCCUGUCCUCUACUUCUUUGUAGGAGAAAACUUCUGGAGCUACUGGAAGAAAAAGAGAAGACGGUCCCAAAGGAAAAGACUUGAUCACAGGAAUAAGGACCCAAGAAAUACUACAAGGGCAGAGCAGUGAGACGGCCAUGCUUAGAGUGACAGCUGAAAAAUUACAGGCGAAAGUGACAAGGAUGGGACUGAACUUGCAGCAGAGUUUUCCAAUAACAUUAUGCCCAGUGAAACGUGACAGCCGUUAUGAACUGUGUCCAAACUACUCAACAUUUGUCUGUAUCUUUAGGAUCAAAGAGUUUUCUGAGGCAUUCAAAAUGACAAUAUUUUCUUUGUAAAAGCAUAGUACAACCUUUUAGCCUGGUUAUAGAAUUGU